ACUUUAUUCUUCACUCAAUCAUACUAUUUGGGCCAUAUUUUAUACUCUAAUUUUCUUUUACCUCUUUUUCUAAUUUCACUGUGUAUAUUUUAUUAUCCAUCCUCGGUCAGCAAUAUUAUUAAUCGGCUGAGCGAUUCCGGGAAAGUACGAUUAGAAGCUCGCGCAAUAUAAUCGCAACCUUGGAAAGUCAAAUUAUUCUGUGCAAGAACGAGCCGACGAGUUCUAGAAACGAUUCAAGCCGCGGCCCUCAUUCCCCACGAAUCUAUCAUCCUAUUCGGUACUUGGAUUAUUCAUGCAAUCCUAUUUAUAUUGUCUGGCUGUAUUCUCUGCUACUUUCGAGUCAAUCAGCAUCUGCAUGCCUUGUAUGCUAUGAAUAUCUGCCUAGCAGUUCAAUGUAUGCGAUACGUUUAGUGGCUCAAUGGAAUUAUGACCGAGAUCGCAGAUACAUACUUUGAUCCCGAUGACGUUGGUCCGCGCGACAGUCCUAUAUUAAAACCGAUGCAUAUUAAUAUCAGACCCUCUCCUCCCCCAGAGGUCCAUCCGCCUCCUCCCAUCAGUCCCGAAGCUGGUCCGGACGGACGCAAGGGGGAGAUACGACCUAAGAGUCGCGCUUGUCAGGCUGACGCGGUACUCGUGGGGUUGAUGGGUGGAGGGAAUCGUCCUGACAUUGCGCAGCAUGCUGGAAAGGAAGCUCUGCCUUCAGACGAGGGUGAGGAAGACGAAAGUCCCGUCAGAGGCACGGCGGUAGAAAUCCCGGGACGUGAUAUAUCCCCUGGAACGGCCGAUCUUGAUAUUGCCCAAAUGGCAGUUGAUAUAAUGAAGCGCACAUUUCCGGAGUCUCGGAAUAAUUCGCUGGGUUCCACUGGGGAAGCUCUUGAAGGUGAUCAGGUACCCGCAAAUGGCAAUGCCAAUACAAAUUCACAAGCACAAUCACAAGCACAGGAUGCUAUAGAUAUAGAGAGAGCCAGAUUACAUUCCAUUUCCCAUGAAUUAUAUCAAAAUGCUACGGUACGGGGAAGUAGCGUAGAGGAAACGCAUUCUACCCCACCUAACGAUCCUGGAGGUCUUCCACCUAUGCUCCACUCUCCACCUCAAUCCGGCUCUACAAAUAGCAAUGGGAGUCAACACAUUAAAUUACCAUCAAUAGCUGAAUCAUUGAAACAGCUUGUUGAGGAACCACUACCCAAUUCUAAUGAAACUCCAUACUCCCAAUCUCCAGGGAGAUCUAUCUCGCGAUUUCCUCCUGGGCCUGGAGUAACAUCACCAGCUAACUCUCCAAAUGGUCUUCGGAGAGAUAUUAUGUCCUCGGGACCAUUAUUCAAUCAAUUUUCGACGAACACUUCGAGAAGACUUUCAACAUCUGAAGGACGUCCAUACGGUAUGACGACGGAUUAUAGCAGUGGGAGCAAUGCGGAAACUCCAAGUACUGAUCAAUCGGCUUCAACUCCCGCUACUAUGGCCAUUGAUCGUAUGAGUAUAGAUGGGAUUACAAAUCCACAGAUUGGAGGAUAUCAGUGCAAUUAUCCGGGGUGUGUUGCUGCGCCUUUUCAAACACAGUAUUUAUUAAAUUCCCAUGCAAAUGUACAUUCUUCCAAUCGACCGCAUUAUUGUACGGUACGAGGAUGCUCGAGAGCCGAGGGGGGAAAGGGGUUCAAGAGGAAAAAUGAAAUGAUUAGACAUGGUUUGGUUCAUGAUAGUCCGGGUUAUGUGUGUCCUUUCUGUCCGGAAAGAGAACAUAGAUAUCCAAGGCCGGAUAAUCUACAAAGACAUGUAAGAGCACAUCACACAGAUAAAGAUAAAGACGACCCGCUCUUGCGAGAAGUGCUCGCGCAAAGACCAGAAGGUCCGAGUAAAGGCAGAAGACGUAGAGGUGGCAAUUGAAAGCCGCUGCAUAGGGCGGGGCGGUGACAAUUGAGAGAGAAAGGAAGCGGGGAGUCAAAAAUCGAAAAAAUUAAAAAAGUUAUCUAUCGGUCUAUCUUAUCUAUAUAUGGGUAGGAUUAUUUUCUUCACGCUUGAUAAAAUUGCAAUUUGCGUUUGCAGAUUCUUCUUGCAAGAGGUAAAAGGUCAUAAAGUGGAGUGGUGGUGUUUCAUGAGGAAGGGAGGCCUUGUUCUUUUUUUUUUCUUUCUUGCGUUGCGUUGCGUUUUCGGCGUUUCCUCUACUGGGUGAGAUUUCUAUCUACACAUCUAGUUAUGGAAUGGCACGCACGCGCGCGCGCAUAAACUUUUGCAUUUUUUUAUGAAUUGAUGGUUAUGGAUUCGAAUGGGUUGGAUGAAUGGGAUUGGAUGAAUGGAGUAUGGGAGUGGGAGGCACUUUUUGAUACCAGAAAUGGAUUUAGGGGGGUGUUUUUUUAUUGUUUUCUAUUUUUAUUUUUAUUUUUUAUAUUUUUUGGUUCUUGGUUCUUGGUUCUUGGGGGGAGAGGGGGGUUCUUUUUCUCCUCGCUCGCGAGAAUGUGACUAUUGGGGAGGG